UAAAUUUUAAAGAUGGCAUCAAAUGUGAAAAAAUGGAAAGGUAUUAAUAAAAAAGUAAACGCUUUUUUAAAUUCAUCUAGUUAUGAUGAAACAAUUUUAAUAGAAAAUGCUGCUGGUAAUUGUUCUUCAAGCCCAAUAAGGUCCAUAAAUGAUGACGGCGAAUCGUUGGAGAGGAAUGAUUUAACAGACGAUAUUUUUUUAACUGAUGAUUACUUAACUGAUGAAUAUUAUCCAAAUACCAGUAGUGAAUCUGAAGUCGAAAUUACAGAUCUGUACAGUAGUGAUGAUUACUCUGAUAAUGAGGGCGAAAUCCCUUUAUUAAAUAAAAGGCUUGCUCAAUGUGCAACAAGAAAUCGUUGGACUCGUUCAUCUGUUAAUGAACUUUUAUCUAUUCUUCGUGAAAACGGUUCUUCUCUUCCUAAAGAUGCACGAACUCUCUUAAAAACACCGAGAAAAAUAGCAAAAGAAAUAAAAUGUGGUGGGGAUUAUGCAUAUUAUGGAAUAUACAAAGGAAUUAAAAGUGUUCUUGACGAUAAAAGUUGUGCUGGUAAUGUUAUCAAAUUAUCAAUAAAUAUAGACGGAAUCCCACUUUUUAAAUCAUCAAGUAAGCAGAUGUGGCCAAUACUUGCAUCUUUUAAUGACUCUGACAUAUUUAUCAUUGCUAUCUUUUGUGGUGAUCGUAAACCGGACAACAUUAAUGAUUAUUUGUUAGAUUUUAUCAAUGAAUGGAAUCAGUUACGACAGAAUGGCAUCAUAUAUAAUGGGAAACACUUCAGUAUAGAAAUUAAAUCUUUCAUUUGUGAUGCACCAUCUAGAGCCUUUUUAAAAUGCAUAAUUCAUCACGGAGGUUACAAUUCAUGUGAAAGAUGUAUCAUUCACGGAUCAUAUGAAGGACGAGUUGUUUUCAAUGAUGAAGAAGACUUUCAAUUAAGAGAAAAAGAUAUUUUUGAACAGUUUGGCUAUUUUAACAACCAUCAGCAAGAUAGAUCUCCUUUAAUUGGAAUUGGGAUUGAUUGUAUUAGUUCUUUUGCAUUAGACUAUAUGCAUCUUGUGUGUUUAGGUGUAAUGCGUCGCAUGUUAAAUUACCUGAAAAAAGGACCAGGUGCAAAAAUAUCUGCUGCCCAAAUUUCAGAGAUAUCUCAAAUUUUAAUUUCUUUUAGUGGGUGUAUGCCAAGUGAGUUUGCUAGACAACCUCGAAGUUUAUAGGAAUUGGAUAGGUGGAAAGCAACAGAGUUCAGACAAUUUUUGUUGUAUACUGGCCCAGUUGCAUUAAGAGGUAUUGUCUCAAAGAAGUUGUAUGAACAUUUUUUAACCCUAAGUAUUUCUAUAAACAUAUUAUUACAAGAUGAUGACGAUAUGCGGGUUCCAUAUUUAGAUUAUGCUAGUGAUUUGUUAAAGUAUUUCGUGUAU